AUGACACGCUCAACAAAUAUGUCACUUUUGAUCAAUAUAAGUGGGUUCCUGGAUUUAUUUGGUGUCAGCAUGUUUAUCCCUUUGAUGUCAAAGUAUGCUAAAGAACUAGGAGCAUCACCCUCUAUGGCAGGAAUGUUAGGCUCUGUAUAUGGUCUGCUGCAGCUAUUCUCUUCCCCAGUUGUGGGUCAAUGGAGUGACAUCUCAGGACAUCGCUAUGUGCUCAUACUAUGUUUGCUAAUUACGGCUGGAGGGUACUUCAUGAUGGCGCUGGCAACAUCACUCGUCUUUCUAGCCAUAGCUAGAAUACUCCCAGGGUUAUUCAAGCACAGCCAGAGCAUUGCCAAAGCAUAUAUUGCUGAUGUCACACCUAAAGAGGACCAAUCAGCUGCCUUCGGGACAUUUGCUGCAUAUUCAAGCAUCGGGUUUAUCGUUGGUCCAUUGUGUGGCGGUCAUAUUGCAAGUCUACCAGGAGGCUUCUCUAUUGUUGCGGCAAUCGGGGCAUUCAUAUUUGUCAUUAAUGCAGCUAUUCUUUGGUAUUUUGUGCCAGAAGCUGUGCCGACUAAAUCAGAAAUAGAUGGCAUUACUAGAGAGGAGUCGACUGUCAAUUUGCGACGUUUCAAUGGUGAUGAACUCAACUUCAGCCCUGGUCAAUUUAUCGACAAUUUCAAGAAAAUAUCUUGGGACCUAUUAUGGGAUAUAUUCUUGAUAAAAUUUUUGCAAGGUUUCGGUGUGAUGAUUUAUAGAUCAAACUUCAUACUGAUGUUAGAUUAUCGUUAUCAAACGACACCUGCGAUGAACGGAUAUAUCAUCUCAUACAGCGGCAUCAUCGGGGCAUUAAGUGGAUUUUUAGUUGGAAAAAUAUGUGGAUUCUACAAAAAUGACGCAAAAUUGUUAUGCCACACUGCCAUUGUCCAAAUGUUUAUGUUCCUUGCAUUAACAUAUGCGCCAUCUAUAUGGGUUCUUAUUUUAUUUUUGACUCCCCUUGGGGUAGCAAACCAAGUAGCAAGGGUAUGUGUGACUAAUAUUAUGCUUCGUAAAAGUGCUAAUACAGAUACUGGGGCCUUAAUGGGUCUCGGGCAAAGUACAAUGUCUCUAGGACGUAUGUUGUCUCCCGCUAUUGGAGGAUUCGCUCAGGAGUUUAGUAUAUAUGGCCCGGGUUGGAUAGCUGUUGGUUCAGCAGGUUUAGCUGUUAUUAUUCAAAUUCUGUUUUUAAAAGAUCCCCAGAAUGAUAAAAAGAAAACAAAUUAAUAAAAAAUAUAAAUAACUCUCUAUUUUACAAAAAUUAAAAUUUGAAAAUGAAUCAUGAUAAAGUGAAUCCAAAAUCAGUGAACUCCGAUAUUGAUUCAUGUUUUACAAAUAAAAAAAACUUGACAUGAAUAUUUCAUUGGAAUUAAGUAGCUUAAAAUCUUGUAGAAUUUAGACAAAUGUUCCACAUACAGUAAAACAUGUGUAAUUUGAAAAGCUUUGUUACAUCAGAAUAGUGUUCCACUUGAAAG